AUCCCGAUUGUAACUCUAAUCCCCCUGGCUGAGGCACUGUUAGGUAGAGGGAGGGUAUGCCGGGAGGAUGUGGGGUAUUCAGAAAAUGUAUCACGAGGGAGUGUACGGGAUAAGUACUACAAGAGCCUCUUACAACUAUGCACACUGUUUGUUGUAUUGCGGAAUCACUUAAAGCACGUCAGCUUGCUGCUUGGUUUUCCUACAUUGAGGGUGCUCUGGGAUUCUGUCUGGGUUGAGCGCUUUCGUAGGGAUUUUCUCACGUCUACUCAUUCCUGAACGGCUUUCAGUGGUUGAAGACAGCGAUGUUUUCGUAUUUGCUUAUUAGUUAGUAGAAAGCCAUGCUAUUCAGCGCUGUCUGUCCUAAUCAUUGUUCAUUCACGCAUCAGACCUUGACUUAAAUUAUGUUUACUGUAAAAUCUGGGAUAUGUCAGGUGGGAGCAGGAUUAAAGCUUCGUUCAGAAAUGGCACGAACCCAGUUCGUCCGGUCUAGAUGGGCUCUGGCCGUACUGGCAUUGACGGUAUGCUUUCAGAUGUCUGCGGCCAUGAACUGCAGCGACGCUGCCACAUUAUGUAGCUCGGAUGUAUCGAGCUAUUCACCCCAGCACUUCAUAUUUGUGCAUGGAAUGGGGGGCGGGGCCUGGUUCUGGUAUGAAAUUCAGACUCUUAUGGAGCACUUCAAUCAGAGUGCAACAGCAGUGGAUCUGACGUCUCACGGUAUUAACAAAGCCAUUGCUGAUAACGUCAUCACGGUUGCCGAAUACACUCAGCCAUUGAUUGACGCAAUAAACAAUGUUUCUGGUAAAGUUAUUCUAGUUGGUCACAGUCUUGGUGGAGGGUCAAUUGCCUAUGCCUCGGAGUUGUGCCCGAAUAAAGUUGCUAAAGCCAUCUACCUUUCAUCAUGCAUGCCCACAUACAAUCAAAGCAUGUUCAGUGCAUUCCCCGCUAAUACCUUCCCCAACCUCCUAAACGCGGGUUAUGUUACGUUUAAUUACCGAAAUGGUCCCUCCAAUCCCUCAUCUGCAUCACUAAAUAAGGCCAAGCUGAAUGAGUUCUACAUGAGCGGGACACCGACACGGUACGUGAACUUGGGGAGAGAGGUGAUGACUGAUACGCCAUUCACCCCGGGCACUGAAACUCUCCCCCUGACUCCGGCUAAGUAUGGAACCGUAAGGAGAUUCUACAUCCGAACAGGGAAGGACAAAGGUGUCCCUCCAUCUGAUCAGGAUGAAAUCAUAGCCAACAAUCCACCCGAGAAGCUCUUCUGCAUGCCCAACGGGGACCAUACAGUUUUCUUCUCUGCACCCAUUGAGUUAUUCAAGAAUCUUCUCUGCAUUUCAAGCCUGUAGUUUAGCGAGAGCUAGAUCGCCUUUUUCAUUGGUUGUGGAAGCUGGUUGGAGCAUUCACAGUGUAGAAUAUGAUCAUCCCUUCCGCUGUGGGAGAGUUUGUGCGGAUGUACCUGUCAUCAUGGUUGUCUCUAUUCCUCUGAUCCCUGUAGUUGACCUCCAGCUAAAUCACUCGUAACCCCGCUGGACAUCGGGAGGAUGCAUGGAUUAACUGUGUAGAGAGAUCAUGGAGUUGAGAUUGUAAAUUCGUAGCCAGGUCUGUUCCUUUGACUGAUCGCUCAAUAAAAACGCACAUCAUUUUUUUUGAUCA